GGUGGAAGAGUAGUCCAGGCCCGUCCCUAUUUCUGAGAGGGAUACGGUGCUUGUCACGGCGAUGCAGACCGCAGCUAAAAAAGGUUUAAAGACUGCAGUGCAGACUGCUGCUGAGGAGUUCCUGGCCUUCGUGGAUGAAGGGGUGUCCCCUUAUCACGUUGUGGAGGAAUGCAAGCGGCGUCUCCGAUCAGCUGGCUUCAAAGAGCUCAAGGAGACUGACCACUGGGAUAUUGAACCUGCCAACAAGUAUUACAUGACGAGGAACUACUCAUCGAUUUUAGCCUUUGCCGUGGGAGCCAAGUAUAAACCGGGAAAUGGAUUCAGCAUGAUCGGAGCACACACAGACAGUCCCUGCUUGCGGGUGAAGCUCAGGUCAAAGAAGACACAGGUAGGCUACCUGCAGGUGGGAGUAGAAUGUUACGGUGGUGGAAUUUGGAACACCUGGUUUGACCGUGACCUUACAGUGGCUGGCCGGGUUUUGGUGAAGACAGGAUUCGGUGUGGAGCAGCGCCUGAUCAAUGUGCGUCACCCAGUCCUUCGAAUCCCCCACCUGGCUAUCCAUUUGCAGAGAGACAUAAAUGACAGCUUCGGACCCAACAAGGAGACUCAUUUGGUUCCAAUCAUUGCCACGGUUGUACAGGAGCAGCUGGAGACGGGAGGGAAGAGCAGUGGGAAUGCCUGUGAAGCCACCCAACUGUGUGACAAGCACCAUCCUGUCCUGCUGAAUCUGAUCUGCACAGAGCUGGGAGUGAACGCAGAAAAUAUCCUUGACUUCGAGCUGUGCCUGGCCGAUACACAGCCCGCGGCCCUGGGUGGCGCUUUGAAGGAAUUUAUAUUUGCUCCACGACUGGAUAAUCUCCACAGCUGCUACUGUGCCCUUCAGGGCCUGAUAGACUCAUCUAAGGAUGAUGGGACGCUGUCAGAAGACACCAAUAUCCGAAUGAUUACACUGUUCGACAAUGAAGAGGUGGGUAGUGGCAGUUCUCAGGGUGCAGAGUCCUCCCUUACGGAGUUGGUUCUUCGCCGGCUAUCCAGCAGCGCCAGCAAUCUGACGGCAUACGAGGAAGCCAUUCCCAAGUCCUUCAUGAUCAGCUCUGACAUGGCCCAUGCUGUGCACCCCAACUACCAAGACAAACAUGAGGAGAAUCUCAGACCAGCUCUGCACAAGGGCCCGGUAAUUAAGUUUAACAGUAACCAGCGCUAUGCGUCCACUGCAGUAACGAUGGCAAUCAUUCGAGAGAUCGCCAAUCAAGUGGCAGUCCCACUACAGGAUGUCAUGGUGAGAAACGACAGCCCCUGCGGGUCUACGAUCGGCCCAAUUCUGGCCUCGGGCCUGGGACUGAGAGUGGUGGACCUGGGCAGCCCCCAGCUGUCCAUGCACUCCAUCCGGGAGAUGUGUUGCAGCUCCAGCAUUCUCCAGACCAUUAAGCUGUUCAAGGGAUUCUUCGACUUCUUCCCAUCUGUGAACAACAAGCUGAUCGUUGACUGACGUCAUUCCUUUCCUGUCUCUGGGACUGAAGCCUAACCAUAAGUGGUCAAUGUCUCCACACUGGACACUCCCACUAAUGUGGGAUAAGCCCUCAUGGCCACCAUCCACCUUCCAAAGACAGGCAACGACUCUGAUUUAGCAAGGCCUGCAGAUUAAUCAUAGUUACUGUAUCACAUACAAACUGGUGGAGGAGCAAAGCAGGUCAGGCAGUAUUUAUUCGGGGAAAUAAACAGGCAACAGUUUGGGCCGAGAACCUCCAACAGGACUGGAAUGGAAGGGGGAAUAAAAUGAGAAGCUGGCAGGGCAGAGGUGGAAGAGGUAAAAGGCUGGAAAAGAAGAAACUUGUUUGGAGAAGAAACUGGAACAUGGAGGAAAAGGAAUGAGGAGGGAAACCAGGUGGAGUGAUGGGCAGCAAAGAGAAGGGGAUGAGGUUGAAAUUACCAGAAGUUGGAGAAAUCGAUGUUCAUGUUGUCAGUUUGUAGAGCACCAAGAUGGAAUGAGAUUUUGCUCCUCCAGCCUGAGUGUGGCCUCAUAGUGGCAGUAAAUGAGAUCUUGUAUCUAUAAUACUACAAGACAUGGGAGCAGAAUUAGGCCAUUCAGCCCAUCAAGUCUGCUCCACCAUUCCAUUAUGGCUGAUCCCAGAUCCCACUCAGCCCCAUACACCUGCCUUCUCGCCGUAUCCUUUGAUGCCCCGACUGAUCAGGGAACGAUCAACUUCUGCCUUAAAUAUACCCGUGGACAUGGUGUGCAUCACAGUCUGCGGCAACAGAGCAUUCCACAGAUUUGCUACUCUGACUAAAAAUAUUCCUCCCUACCUCUGUUCUAAAAGGUCACCCCUCAGUUUUGAGACAUGCUGUCCAGUUCUGGAUACCCCACCAUAGGAAACAUCCUCUCCACAUCCACCCUGUCUAGUCCUUCAGCAUUUGGUAGGCUUCAAUGAAAUGCCCCUGCAUUCUUCAAAAUUCCAAAGAGUACAGGCCUAAAGCUGCCAAACGCUUCUCAUAUGUUAACUCCUUCAUUCCCAGAAUCAUCCUCGUGAACCUCCUCUGGAAUCUCUCCAAUGACAACACAUCCUGUCUGAGAUAUGAGGCCCAAAACCAUUGUCGAUGCUCCAAGUGUUACCUGACUCGUGUAUUGUAAAGCCUCAGCAUUAUCUCUUUGCUUCUAUGUUCUAUUCCCCUUGAAAUAAAUGCCAACAUUGCAUUUGCCGCCUUUACCACAGACUCAACCAGUAAAUUAACCUCCUGGGAGUCUUGCACAAGGACUUCUAAGUCCCUCUGCACCUCUGAUGUUUGAACCUUCUCCCAUUUAGAUAGUCUCUACUAUUGUUCCUUUUACCAAAAUGCAUUAUCAUGCAUUUCUCAACACUAUACCAUGUGCCACUUUUUUGCCCAUUCUUCCAAUUUGUCUAAGUCCUGCUGCCCCUCCACCUAUCUUCAUAUUGUCUGCAAACUUUGCCACAAAGCCAUCAAUUACAUGGUCCAGAUCAUUGACAAACAAUGUGAAAAGUAGUGGUCCCAAUACUGAACCCCUAGGAACACUGCUGGUCACUGGCAGCCAAUCAGAAAAGGCCCUCUUUAUUCCCACUCGUUGCCUGUUCCCUGUCAGCCAUUCCUAUAUCCAUGCCAGUAUCUUUCCUGUAACGCCAUAGGAUUUUAUCUUGUUAGCAGCCUCGUGUGGCAUCUUAUCAGGUGCCUUCUGAAAACAUGUAUCAACGUGUUGGAAUUUGAAUUCAAAUGGAAUUACAAUUGGAAGAUCCUGUUUUUUGUGGCAACUGCAGCAAAGUCACUUGAUGAAGUAGUCCCCCAAUCUACAGUGCAUUGAUCUGAAAUGUCAAUUGUUUAUUUCUCUCCAUAUAUACUGCCCAACUUGCUGAGCUCCUCCAGAGGUUUUUGUUUGUUGCUCUAGACAUCUGCAUUGUUUAUGAUCUGUGGGGAGUGGAGGAAUUACUGAAAUUUCAGGGUCCUGAUGCAGGGGUUCAACCCAGAAUGUCAAUAAUUUCUUUCAUCCCAUACAGCUGCUUGAUCCAUUGAGUUCCUUCAGCACAUUAUUUGUUGCUUUGAAAAAGCUUCCAUUUAACCUCCUCAACUAAUCUCUCAUAACUGCUACACAUUUAUUUUCAACAUUCCAAGGAUUUGAUGGCUGUCUUAAGAAUUUCUCCACACCUCAGUUUUAAAUGACCAGCCCUUUACUUUGUAGCUGUCUCCCCUUGUUCAUGAGUCUCAACAAAAAAAUUUUUAGACUAUAAGAUGUAGGAGCAGAAUUAGGCCAUUUGGCCCAUUGAGUCUGCUCCACCAUUCCAUUAAAGCUGAUUUAUUAUCCCUCUUAACCUCUAUUUAAAAUGGAGGUUGAUAAUUUUUUAAUUUGUAAGGGUGUUAAAGGCGACAGCUGUGUAGGGAUGGGGUUCGUAUUCUGGAGAUGGAAAGAACAACCAGAAGGCAGCAGAAGAGAGCCAGGAGAAAUGCAGCCAUGGUUGCCACCACUACCACAUAUACAUGUCCCACCUGCAAUAGAGCUUGUGGGUUCAGGAUCGGACUGUAUAGUCAUCAAAGAUCUCACCGUUAAAGGAGUGGACGUCGUCAUUGGAUUUCGAUGGACAACCGAAGAUGAAGAAGAGAUCCUUUAACACCCUUACAAAUUAAGAACCUAUCAACCUCCACUUUAAAUAUACCCAAUGGCCUCCACAAAUUCACUACCCUCCAGCUAAAGAAAUACUUACUCAUCUCUUUUCUAAAGGGAUGUCCUUGUAUUCGGAGUCUGUGCCCUCUGGUCCUAGAUUCUCCCACUCUAGGAAACAUCCUCUCCACGUCUACUCUGUUUAGGCCUUUCAAUAUUUGAUUGGCUGCAAUGAGAUCCCUAAUCAUUCUUGUAAAUUCCAGCUAUUAUAAGCCCAGAACCAUCAAAUGCUCGUCAUACCAUCAAAUGCUUUCCAUUCCCAGGAUAAUUUUAGGCAGUAAAAUUUUUGGACAAAUACUGCAGAUGCUGGAACCCAGAACAACAAAAGUGGAUCGGGAAACAUCUGUGGUGUAGGGGGAGGAAUUUUUGUAUUUUGAGUUGAAGCCCUCUAUCAAGACUGAUGCAUUGUUCCAACCUGAAAUAUUGAAAAAUCCUUGUCUUCCUUCAGAUGUCUUUCAACCCACUGAGUAGAUUUUUGUUGCUGAUUUAGGGAUUUUUGUACAUUUUAGUGAGAUAACAGGAUCAUUUUUCUGUACUCUAGAGAUAAUAAGUCCAUUUGACUCAAUCUCCUUCCACAGGACAAGUCUUACCUCCAAGGAAUCAAUCUAAUGAACCAAAGUUACACUAUCAGUAAUCCUGUUCUUACUCAGGCAAGGAGACAAAAGCUCCUCUCCAUUCUAGGUGUGAUCUCACCAGAGCUCCAUGCCAUCCUAUAAUGUCAUCUGUAUUUAACAUUGAAGGCCAGCAUUCGCCUUCCUGACUCUCCCAUGCACCAGGGGGGUCAUUGGUUUUCUGUCUUGGUGGAACAAAGAAUUUCCAUUGAUGGCUGUUUUGUCUCGGAAUGGCUGGAAGAGUGUUCUAGCUAGAGUCAAAACUGGUGAGGUAAUCUCUCCUGAAUUAGUGAGGCUGCAUCGUGGUUGGAGCUGGAAAUGAGGUUGUUCAGAAUUUAAUGUUGCAUCACUAUGGUCCUCCUGACUGGGUGGUGCUGUGGUGCAACUCAGAUCCUAUACCUAGUCAAUCAGUAACCUCCCUGUGGUGGAAAAGUCAACUGCAGUUACAAGCCCGGUUUCUAAGUGACACAAAUAAUCACUGUCCUGAAGAUGAAAAGCUCUAUUUUUAUCUUAAUGUAUUGCUUCUUAAACGAUCAAUAAACUUUGAAACUCAGUGUUCAAUCC